AUGGUAGGCAAGGAGGAGAAGCGUAGAAGACCUUUUUACAGAGAGAAAAGCGAGAAAGAUAAGGAGGCAGAGGCAGCUCAUGCAGCUCAGGAACUUCUUGAUAACCCUAAUCCUUAUGCUCCUACCCCACCAUGUUCUCCCCCUCCUCCAGCUGCUGUAUUGCCAUCCCAAGCAUGCCUGCAGCACCACUGGGUUGUCCUUUCCGUUGACAUCCUGUCUACCCCUGAAUUUGAUGCAAACAUGUCUGAGGAUCCUCGGGAUUUCCUAGUGAACUUAGAAAAGCAUUUUAAGCGCAGUGGGUGGAAUGAAAGCAUUUGGCUGUCUCAGGUAGACAACCACUUAAAAGGUGCUGCCAAGAACUGGUGGGAAUACAGACAGGAGACAAUAGAAAACUGGCAUGACUUCAAAGUCGCUUUCUUGCAAUAUUGUGAAUGCUUAGUGGUAAGAGAGGCCAUCAAGAGGGACCUAGACCUUCCCCAGCGGCGCUGGGAGCCCUUAGAGCAGUUUGUGUGGAAGAAAAGAGCCCUGUACAACCGGCUCUAUGUCAAUGCCAAUGAGGAAGACAUGAUCCAAUACAUCAUUAGCACCCUUCACCCAGAGAUCAGGCGUUUUCUCAAACCCCCUUUCCCUAAGACCAUGGACCAGCUAAUGCAGAUGGGCAAGAAAAUCCAAUUUGACUUUGAGCAGUCAGAGAAGCAAACCCUCAAGGCUGCUUAUUCAGAUGAGCAGAUUAGCACAAAACUUAAUGUCCUUGUCAUAAAGGAUCCUUAUGAUAGCAAUGGUGUUUGCACUGAAAAAUCUAGCUACGAGUAG